AUGCCGCGAACAGGCCGACUCGCGGCGCGGCUGCAGCGGCUGGACGCCUAUGCCAAGCCGUUGGAGGACUUUAGCACGCGUACGCUGGCAGGUGGCAUCCUGACGGUCGUUGCAGCGCUCGCAAUUGCCGUGCUCGUGGGCAUGGAACUUAUGGCAUACGGGCACUCCGAGCUGGUGCCGACGCUGGCCGUCGACCGCGAGCGCGCCGAAAAGAUGCGAAUCAGCUUUGACAUCACGCUGCCGCGAGCACCUUGCAUUGUGCUGGGCAUCGCGGUGGCCGACACCGCGGGCGAGCUGCAGGCUAGCGCUGCGAAGCAUGUCGCCAAAACCCGGCUGAGCAGCGAUGGCCGCACGGUCACCAAUGUGCUGGAGCCGGACACAGCGGCGCCGCCGGCAACUGGGCCCGAUGGGAAGCCCUACUGCGGCAGCUGCUACGGCGGGAUUGCGCCCGAGGGCGGCUGCUGCAACACCUGUGCGGCUGUGCACGAGGCCUAUAGCCGCCGCGGGUGGGCCUUCACCGACCCCGACGGCAUGGAGCAGUGCGUGCGCGAGGGCUACGUGCGCCGGAUGCGGGCGCAGGCCGGCGAAGGCUGCCGCAUGCGCGGGUACGUCGACGUCAACAAGGUUGCCGGCACACUGCGCGUCUCAGGCGGAGAGACCGUUGACACUGGCGGCACGCUUGUGCACCGCAGCUACGAGUACCUGCCUGACUUUGACUUUUCGCACGUCGUCAAUGAGCUGGCCUUUGGCCAAGCGCUUCCCGGCCAGAAGAGCCCGCUGGCUGGCGUCACCAAGACCGCCGAGGCUGCUAAUUUCCGGUUCCAGUAUUUUGUCAAGGUCGUUGGGUCCGAGGUGUGCUUCCGCAAUGGCACGGUCGCGCGGUCCAACGAGUAUGCGGCCACUGAGUUUGUCAAGCCCUCGGAUCCCGGACUCAGCCUGGUCUAUGACAUUUCGCCAAUGCGCGUCGUCUACACAGAGCACUCCCCCUCGCUGGGCUCGCUGCUGACGUCAAUCUGCGCAAUCGUUGGCGGUAUCAGCACCGUUGCUGGCUUGGUCGACGCCUUGAUCUUCCGCACCGAGCGUGCCUUGCGUCGCAAGCGUGAGCUGGGAAACAGAAUUAAAUGGCUGUGGCGGUCUGGUUGA